AUGGUAACGCCGAGGACCUCGCCUGGCGGCGCCAGGCGGAGGGCAGCUCCCGGGGGCUCCAGGGACAAGCGCCCCAUGCUGCUGCGCACUUCGCCGAAUCGCCCCAUCCUGGUCCUGCUUCCUCGCCCUGCCCCCCCGACGGAAGGGAGCGAGAAACAGAGGACGUCGACGGCGGGGGUCGUCGCCGCCCCCCCCGCCACCGCUGCGCACGUCGCCGAGAGCUCGUGCAGGGUGCCCGGCUCGCCCCGACAGGUCGUGGCCGCCGCGCGCCGCCCUCGCGGUCCCGGAGCCCGCGCCGCGCGGGGCCCCCGGCCAGGCGGGGUCUCGCGGAGAGCGCGCGGCUCGAGCCAGAAGGGCUCGAGCCACAAUUGCUUGAGCCAGAAUGGCUUGAGCUAA